UCAAGGUACCUGCAGAGCGAGUGCAGGGAGAGGCGUCGCCUGGCGCUCAGGGCCCUUCUCGAGCUCAUUGACGAUCCCUCGAUGGCUGAAAAGAUGUGGCGCCUGACUGAAAGCCUCAUGGACCUACUGUGGGACAGUGAUGCAGAGAUAGCUGGGCUGACACUCAUCACACUCAGCUUUAUAUUCUUGCACAAAUCCAUUCUGAUCUCAACUCCCAUUGCCCUGCAGCUGGCUAAGGCGCUCCUGCCACUCUUUGACCAUGAAAAUAGCCAGGUACAGCUGCUCUCCAUAAAACUCUUUCAAGACAUGAUGGGGUUUUUGGAAAAGGGAGAAAAGCCCUUGGAAAGGCCUGUGCACCAGAGCCUGCUGCCACUCUUCUUCCACUGCCAUGAUGAGAAUCAGCGUGUGGCAGAGGCUUCUCGGGAAACGCUGAUUUGUGUGGCCGAGUUUCUGAGAAGGAGAGAUCUCGAGAAACUGGUGAAAAAGGAGAAACUCUGGAUUUUCGCCAACUGCCUGCUGGCAGAGGACAGGAGCCGAGCGGCCGAGCACCUGCGCCGGGCACUGCCCUACCUGCAGAGCCCACAGGAGCCCCUGCGAGAGGCGGCCGUCAGGUUCAUGGGGAUGGCCGGGCGGAGCUUGAGGGGGCAGCAGGGAGAGCUCCAGCUGAUCUCUGAGGGUGAGUGAGGGCAGCGGGCUGACAGCGGGGGCUGGCGGGGGCAGCUGCCAUCCCUGCCCCGGCUGCAGAGGGCUCUGCUCCCUGUGCG